UUCUCGUUUUGCGUAAUCGGUUACGCCGUCACUGUCUAUAUAAUAAUCGCCGGCAUUGUGUUCAUUAGGCUACAGCCAAAACAGACCUGGGGCUUUUUCAUACCGUUCUACAUAAUCGUGGGCAUCGUGAGUUUCAUAAUACCGACCAUAGGUGUACUGGGUACAUUCAACGAGCACUUUGGGCUGUCCAUUGCCUACGCCAUACUCAUGGCACUGACCACCAUAUCCACUAUAACGGUCGUAAUACGCAAUGUGGCCCAUUUACCAAGCUUAAUAUUCAACAUAGCAUGCACAAUUUUGGCCUUUGUAUUCGCCUCCGACUGUCACCGUAUCAAACAGGACCGGCUCAUGAGUAUAGCCACGACUAUGGCCACGAGGCAGACAUUUUUCGUGGUGGACGCCAUGCCCUCCCAGCCCUCUAUCGACCCUAAUUUGAAUCAGUUGUACCAAACGGUACGCACGCAAAUGAAUGGACCCCUAUUGCCACCCCAGACCACACCGGUAGGCAAUACCGCGUAUGCGAGACCAGUAGUUUCACACGUAGGUGGAGCCCUUCAAAUGGGAGGGGUAUCACAAAUGGGUGUGGCAUCGAAAAUGGACGUAGGCUUACAAAUGGGUGGCAUAUCGCAUAGGGUGGCGCCUACAUCUCAUGGACAGGUAACUUAUUUUGGAGAUGGAGGGGCUCAACAAGUAGUCAGUGCCUCGUCUAUGGGCUGGCAGGCAAUGGAUGGUCAAUAUGUCGGUGACUAUCAGUCGGGAGGCCAACGAAGUAAUGGUGGGUUUAUGGCCGAUAACCUACGUUUAGGUGGCGUUCCCUUCAGUGGUUUACAAAUUGCUGAUACUAAGGACGAUAGGUUUGAAGGGAAUAGUAGCCGGAAAGGUAGCCAAGGAAACGGGGAGUUGUAUAACGGGAUGAAUCAGAUACCCAUUGUGACCCCCAUUGAGAAUUCACUGGACUUUUGUGCUGCCUGCUAUCCGUGUCCACCACUCCAGUACCUCCUAAUUAACCGCACAUUCCUAACGUAA